UGUGAGUGGUGCAUAAAUAUACACAAACACACACCAAAGAAGAAAAGAGUAUUGAUAGUUGACUUUUCAAAGAACCUCAUUACAAGGAAAUAUCUUCCUAAAACUUAGGUGGAGCCAAAAUUUUGUAUUAAAAGUAUUAAGAGUUCAUGAUUCAUGCUAUAUGUGCAAAUUAAUGAGAAUACAUUUCAAAACACAAAACUACCAUUAAAUUUAUACAAACUGAGAUCCAAACCCAGCGUCAAUAACUGUUCAGAACAAAAAUUUUCAUAAGCAUGCUGAAAGACACAUCAGGUGCAUCACACAUUUGGCUUCAUGCAAAUCUCACUGGUUGUCCUCAAUAUCUCCACACCCCUCUGACAACAUCCUCAAACCUGCUUCACACCUAACUCUACCACUCCUGGGCUAAUUCAACCAUUUAGGCAAACAAAAGGCACAAACAGUCUUGUCUGGCUUCUUGUCCAUGUGGAUUCUCACUAACAGGUAAGACAGAAGGCAAACGAGCAAUGUAUCGUGGCUUGGGGCUUGCCUAAUAUUAGGCACAUUGAUGCUGCCUCAGGGCUCUACUGCUUGGGCAUAGACUCCACCCCACAGAGUCAACACCUCAGAAAGCAAGAGACUCAUCAGACUCAUCAGAAACGUGACAGAACACCUAAAGAGCAGAGCACCCGCUUUCAAGGACAAUCACAUCAGCCAAACUGUUCUACUGUGGGACUGUCAUUAACUUCAGAAGGUCCACUGUGGACGUAUUCCAUUGACGAUACUUCCAACAUCCUGUCGAAGCUGACAACAGAUAAGGCUGACAAACCACACAUUAUUGGACUGGAAUAACUACACCAAUAUGGACAUUCUCCAGGGGAGAAAACCGAAGAAACCCCAUUACAUUCCACGCCCUCCUGGCAAACCUUUCAAAUAUCAGUGCUUCCAAUGUCCCUUCACCUGCAACAUCAAGUCUCAUCUCUUCAACCACAUGAAGUACAAUCUUUGCAAGAAUUCCAUCUCUCUGGUAUCACAGCGCAUGGAACAGACAGGAAAAACAACCAGAGCUUCCCAGCAUAAUCUUCCUUUCAAUCAGACCAGUAAAGAGCCACCCCUGGAAGCUGAAUCCAACAAACCUAUAGAAAUAGUCAACGACAAGGUUGAACAAGAGGAGAUGGUUAAAGAAACAAGACAAAUGCCUGGAAGUCCCAUCAAGGAGGUCAGUAAGCAAGUCCCUGAGCCAGUCCGUGAAACCAGGGACAAAAGUGCAGACAUGGACAUUGCACAGAACAAAAUCUCUUCAGCUUUCUCGCCAGUUACACGAACAGGGGAAAGUGAAACUCUAUCUCGGUCUCCACACAAAGACGAUCAAACAUCUUCAUCCAUUUCUCAAUUCUACACUCAAAUGGCACCUUGGGUUCCACCUGUUUCCACAGCACCUCUUCUUCCUCUAAUACAAGACUAUCCUUCAUACAUGGUACCCGAGAGGCCCUUGCACUCCCUCUAUGCGCCCUACCCACAUAACCAAGCAAACACCCCAGCCUACCAACUAACACCCCGAGAGACCCAGAGACCUCUGGUGCCAUCACCUUUGGUCCCGCCUAGCCCUUCUCUUCUCCACUCUUAUCACUACAGAUAUGGUCAUUCAAUUAUACCCGGUCCACCUCUACCCUACAGCCUCUACCAACACCCUGAACUAUCCAUGUCCUUACAGAGAACCAGGUAUCUUCCUGUAGAUGUGUACAGCAACAGAUUUUAUCCUCGAGAGUACGGAGGGCACCUGGUCCCCAUUUCUCAUCAGGAUUCUUACAGCAGACUUCCUGAAGACAUGGCUGUCCAGGAGCACAGUCCAGGAGACAAAGGUACUCGCCAGAGUCCUUUAGAAGGAUGUGCCGCCUCUGGGUCUCCAGACAGGCCCAGUACCGCAGAUGUUACCCAGCGUAACCCUGCUGCAAUUAGGCUCGCUUCCCAUGGGGAGUCACUCCCAAUCAGUCAAUCACAUCAUGUCUUACCAGGGACAACUACAGCAACCAACAACUUAACCAAGAAAUCAUGUGGACAACCUCAAGAAAACAUGCUACAAAAUAGAAAGAUGAAUGAACCCCAAACCACUGAUUCUCCAAGAAGCAGUGAGAUUUCAUCAGAAAAGGAAGAGGAUGAAGAAAAUGAGGAGGAGCCAGGUCCUCUUAACCUUUCAAAGAGGGACCAGGCCAUAUCCAGCAACAUGACACACCACUACUCUGACCGAGAGCUACAUUAUGAUUCAGACAGUAGUCAAGAAGAGGCACCGCUCAACCUCUGCCUCAGGAGACAGCCCAACAACCAAGCCUUGCCCAACACCACAGGCUCUGAAACUCCAGAGAGACAAACCAUCAUAAAUGUUGAGGUAUCCACAAUUGCUUCACAUAGAAAACAAGACCUAGACCCAUGUGACCAGAGACACUCAGCGGCCUUUGCUCUGUGUCAGCUAGCUAGUUCAAGGGACGUUAUCAGUGACUCCUCUAUUGGCCAACAAGAAAUGGCCGAGAGUCAAAACAGCCAACGCCUUCCUCCCCCAGACAAGUGCCCAGUCAAAGACACUCCAGACACACCCAAACAGAGCACACGGGCACUGGGUCAAAAACGGGCAAACAACAGACCUCUGAGGCACAAUACCAAAAGAGCAAAGGUAAAAGAACCAUCCCGAACUCAAAGAAAGAGGUCACAAAACUGCUGAUGCAGAGAUUUCAAAGAAUGGAAUGCUGCAAUUCAAAUAGCUGAAAGAAAGGAGUUUCAGUGAAAAGAUCAAUUCUCAAGAGACUUUACAGGAAGAUGGCCAACCUCUUUCAGCUGUCAGAGGCCAUGGGAUCAAAUUCAAAGACUAUGCAUGAACUGAUAAAAUGUAUACCUUUAAUCCAAUGUAAGUUGCUUUGGAUAAAAGCGUCUGGCUAAUGGAUAAAUAUAUAUGUAGAUAAUUCCAAAAUAAAACAUUAUGCACUGAUUGGAAAAAGAAGGCAGCCCAGAUAGUCACUGAAAGUUUUUGAUAGACUUACAAAAGUAUGUAUCAGUUCAUUAAAGGAAGCUGGGUGGUGGCAUUUUUAUUAUUUUCUUUUUUUUAAAAUAAAGAAGCAAGUCAAACUUGCACUAUUUGAAUAAAGUGUUUGCAUAAAGUAAA